AGCAAGACGUUGACGGACUAUGAGAUGGGCGUUGCGUUCAAACGGUGUCGUAUUCUCAUCACAGCCUUCCAUUUCUAGAAAGAUCCGCGCUGAGGAUCACCAGAUUCCGACUGUAUAAAACGGUCAUGAUGCACUUCCUUUUCUCAAGCCUGCUUUUUCUCUCGCCCUCUUAAUUUUUCUGGGGAAAGCCCUUUCUUCCUUUUUCAAAAGGCACUUCCAAUUGUUCUGAAGCUGUCCCAAUUCAAUCAUGGCUGAAGCUGAUGCGCAAAUCCAACAAGAGAUCUUGAAGGCUGAGGCUGAUGAGCAGAAGCUCAAAUACUUGGAAUUUGUUCAAGUUGCUGCCUUUCAUGCCAUUGCCUGGUUUGCAAACCUCUAUGUUUAUGCCAGGGAGAAAUCUGGUCCUUUGAAGCCUGGCGUUCAAACUGUUGAGGAAAAAGUUAGGAUUGUCAUGGGUCCUGUCUAUGAGAAAUUCCACGGUGUCCCAGUUGAUCUCCUCAAGCUCGCAGAUCAAAAAGUUGACGAGUCCGUGACUGAAUUGGACCGCCGUGUGCCUCUGGUUGUGAAGCAAGUAUCAUCACAAGCCUUUUCGGCUGCUCAAAAAGCACCAGAUGUGGCUCGAGCUGUGGCUUCUGGAGUCCAGCGCUCCGGAGUGGUCGAUGCUGCCUCAGGACUAGCAAAGAGCGCAUACACCAAGUGCGAGCCGGCAGCCAAGGACCUUUAUACCAAGUACGAGCAUGUAGCUGAGCAGUAUGCUGUUUCUGCCUGGCGCUCACUCAAUCGUCUUCCCAUCUUCCCUCAAGUUGCGCAGGUUGUAGUCCCUACAGCUGCCUAUUGUUCUGAGAAGUAUAAUCAGACUGUACAAUACACAGCUGAUAAGGGGUAUAAGGUUUCAUCGUACCUGCCUCUGGUACCCACUGAAAAGAUUGCGAAGGUGUUCAAGGAUGAUGCGCCCGAAGCAGAGCCUUUGGUUUCUGCCCAUUGAUGAUUCUUAGACUAAAUACUCUUAGAGGCUUGUUAACGGUGUGAUGAAAAUGUUGGGUGUGUUGCAUGGUGUAUAGUUGUCUGAUGUGUUUAAAGGGACCUUUUCCUUCUAUGUUGGGUUUCACAUGUUUUUUUGUUCCCGUUUUCCUUUCGAGGGCAGUAUGUAAUGGCAUCUUACAGCCAAAUUUAAUAAAAAAUCUCUAUCUCUGCAA